CACACAUUUAUUCCGAAUAAUAGUAAACUUUGUGCAGUUUAAUUUUACUAACACCUUUUUGGGGGCUUGUGCGCGUGUUCAGUGAAAUGUAAGUAUUAAAUAAUUACUAAAAUUCCUAAAGUGCCCUCAAUAAACCAGUAAACAUGAUUCAGGGGUUUGUAUUAACAUUGCAAAUACGAUAAUCCAUGAACAUGUAUCAACUGAAUGUCCCUAAGGAAGGUGCUUAAUGAGCUCCAGGUAGUUCGCCGUGUGCCCGUGGACCAUCUCCAGCAAUCAGUGAGUGACACCGGGGCUUUGGCCACAGCAUGAUGCCGCGUAAGAAGAGGAAAUGCGGUGACUUCGCUCAGAUGUCACCUUCGGUUUUCCCUUACCCAGUUAACGCUCCUUUUACACACACACACACCCCCACGAAGACAUAGCGAGCAGAUCCGGGCUCUUUCGUUUUCAUUUCCCGGAAGGAUCCCUUCAAAUAUUUCAUGCGGUCUAAAAGAAGUACCAGCAUUUUCGGCUUCAUUUCGUCUUAAUAUUUACCCCGCCAACAAGGUCAUCCUGAAUAAGUUAGGAAGACAGUUAGAAAGUCAGGGCGUUAAAUGGUCAGGAUCAGGUAAUAGUAUUAGUGACAUCUCAGGUGAAAACAUGAAUGACGAAUCCUCACCACCGCCUUUGAUCAAGAAGGAGCGCGGCGAGCCAAGCACCCCCUGUUCUGGUCCUCCAAUCGUCAUGGUCCCCCCCAAUCAAGUGGCUUCUGUUUACUUGGGUGUUCAAGAUGAACUGUGCAAGCUCCCCGGAAGACUACGUAUCAAUCCUUCCUUGUGGGGUAAGGACGACGUCAGCCACUGGCUGCGGUGGGCUCAGAAGGAGUACUCCCUACGCAAGGCGGACCACUCCAAGUUCGAGAUGAAUGGAAAAGCGCUGUGUCUGCUGACCAAAGAGGACUUCCGGCUGCGUUGUCCAAGCUCAGGAGACGUGCUCUAUGAGCUCCUGCAGCAUGUGAAGCAGCAGAGGAGGAUGAUGGUCUGCAGCUCCAUACCUAAAGCCCUCAUCAGGCAUGGUGGCCCACAGCCAGUGCAGCGGGAGGCCAAUGGGGAAAUGAUGAACCCCGCCUUUCCCGGCGGCCUGAUCUCAGGAUACCAAGGCAGCGCCCAGCUCCCCAGCCUCGCAGUGGCCAUGCUGCGGGCAAACCCACACCAGGGCUCGGCACCUCGAUCCACGCAGCAGGUGCCCCCGGACGUGCGACCCCGCGGCGCCCAGCAGCCAGUGACGGAAACGCAGGCCCACUCGACCCCCACAGCCGUCCUGCGGCGUACUGUCAACCAGCUGUGCGGCCAAGAGCCCGCACCCCCGCAGAGCUGCAGGGAAGAGCCGCUGAACCUGUCCAGCAGGGUGGAGAGAGCCAGCGCAUGGGCCGCCGGCAAAACCUCAGAGGCCAGUGGCAAGAUUGCAGAUUGUCGGCUGCUGUGGGACUAUGUGUACCAGCUGCUCUCCGACAAGAGGUACGAGGCCUUCAUUCGCUGGGAGGACCACGAGAGCAAGGUGUUCCGGGUGGUCGACCCCAAUGGGCUGGCCCGGCUGUGGGGGAACCACAAGAACAGAGCCAACAUGACUUAUGAGAAGAUGUCCAGGGCCCUUCGGCACUAUUACAAACUGAACAUCAUCAAGAAGGAGCCUGGACAGAAGCUGCUCUUCAGGUUCCUGAAAACACCUGAAGAAAUCCUUCAGCACAGAGCCGAUCGAUUGGAGCAGCCAGAGUCCCCUGAACACCGUACCUCACCUGACUUCAGGGAGGAGGGUCUGGAGGUAUCUCCUGAUCCUGACUCCUCUCCACCAUCCCCUGAUACUCCACCCUCCCCCCCCUGACUCCCCCCAGACAGGAACCAAUACAAGCAGCCCCUCCGGGGUCUGGUAUAACGACGCCCCCAAAGGGGGAUAGCUUCUAAACAACGUGUGACCAAUAGAAUGUGUUUUUACUGGGGAGUGGCAUAAAUCUUCUAGUUGCAACAAACAUUGUCAAUGUGGACGCAGAGCUGCUGACUGGCACGGGGAUGGCCAAUAGAAAUAUUUUUUCGAGGAAAUGAUCUCAGUUCUAAUAAGCCAUAUUACUCUGGAGUAGAGUUCUACAUUUCUAUGAAACUUGCUUUUCUCUGGAGUAAGCGGGAGGGCUGAGUUUUGUUGGUACCGGUGGAAAAAUGCAGAAUGCAGCUGUGUAUCACAUGCUAUCGCAAUGCUUGUUGCAAUUGCAUGCAGGCUAGUAUUCAGUCAAAGGAUGUAAAUGCAAGGUACUGUCAUGCAGAGUAAAAAGAUUUCAGACCAAGAUUUCGGUUCAAUCAACCAGCUGAAUGCUCUGUGACUCUUUAUGUGCAGCUGGUUGAUAGAAACAAAAUCUUGAUCUGGAUUUUUACUUUCUGGACAUGAAACGUCCACCUCUGCUGUCAUGCUACAGUAGAUUUCUGCAAGGCUAAUAUUAAAGCAGCUAAUUGAUUUUUGUUGGCUGGGUAUUUCUCAAGACACUAAAAUAUGCAAUGUUAGAGUUUACUUGUAGGAUCGAAACGUAGGGACAUCAGUUUAAUAGAUACUAUAUGGGCCCUUAUGUGUUUCAGUUCAAGUACCAGAAAAAAAAAUGUAGCUCUGUCUGUUUUUAUGAACAGCUCAAAUUCUUUGAGGCUCAUGGCUAAAAAGGGAUUUAUAAGCAUGAUGAUUUUGUUUACAGAAUAUUCAUUUUCUUAGUGCUUAACAGUAGAUAGGACGUGGUAUUUAAGUUGCGUGAAAUAAAAUGCACAUUUCCUCUCGAUUUUGAUCAGUUUACUUGCUCGAUUUCCUUUUCUGAAACUGCGAAUAUGAAAUCUGCAUAUCAUUCUUUAUCGUUUGCCAUCUAUAAAUUGGAUCGAAAGAUUUUAAACAGCAUAAACAACAUAAAAAUAAAACUACUUUUUAUUUGUGGGA